AUGAAAUCCAUCACUGCUAUCCUAUCUCUCUGCCUCUGGCAAAUAGCCAGCGCAAAACCCGUCAUGCCGCCCAACUCAACAACCAUGUAUCCCCGAGAGCCGCUCCCCAGAUACCCCAUCGCACCUCUCGCCCACCUGCCCAACACCGCGGAAAACAUCCAAGCGGCAACCCGCAAGGCGCGCGCCGGGGGAUACGUCAACACCACAGCCGACGAAAAACGAACAGUCCACAACUACACCCUCGCAGGCGCGCACUUCCCCACUCGCGACGCCAGCCUCAAGUCCACGUGCAAGCAGAACAGCACCAGCUUCGUCGACACCACGGCCGCCGGGUCCCCGCCCACCGCGCACUGCGCCGCCCUCAUCGACCAGAUGCUGCGCGACAACGGCAACCAGACGUGCGUGACGUUCGGGCUCGCGCCGAACAACAACACGGCGCACAGCAGCACGACCACGAAUCUGAUCGCGGCGUCUGGGAAGUGCGCGUUCAGCGUGACGGUGGAUACGGCGGCGGUGGCGAGUACGUUUAUCGGGAUCGGGGACGUGGUGUUUGCUGUUCAGGAGUCUAUUCGGCGGUUUUCUAGGGGGUAUGGUCAUGGCAAUGGGAAUGGGACUAUGGGAGUUAAUGCUGCUGUUGAUGAUUGUGGGGAGAAGGCUACGAGUGCCCCGGUCAAUGGGACUGCCGAUGCGAGGGUUGGCGGUGCGGGAGCGUUUGAGUGUGGUGCGAGUGGUACGACGGGUGGGAAGUUUGUGAAUUGGGCGCUGGUUCAUACUUGA